CCUCGCAACACCCCAACACAUCCUCGCAACACCCCAACACAUCCUCGCAACACCCCAACACAUUCUCGCAACACCCCAACACAUUCUCGCAACACCCCAACACGUCCUCGCAACACCCCAACACGUCCUCGCAACACCCCAACACGUCCUCGCAGCACCCCAACACGUCCUCGCAGCACCCCAACACGUCCUCGCAGCACCCCAACACAUCCUCGCAACACCCCAACACGUCCUCGCAGCACCCCAACACGUCCUCUCAACACAUCCUCACAGCACCCCAACACGUCCUCACAGCACCCCAACACGUCCUCUCAACACAUCCUCACAGCACCCCAACACGUCCUCACAGCACCCCAACACGUCCUCUCAACACAUCCUCACAGCACCCCAACACGUCCUCACAGCACCCCAGCACGUCCUCACAGCACCCCAACACGUCCUCUCAACACAUCCUCACAGCACCCCAACACAUCCUCACAGCACCCCAACACGUCCUCUCAACACAUCCUCACAGCACCCCAACACGUCCUCACAGCACCCCAACACGUCCUCUCAACACGUCCUCGCAACACCCCAGCACGUCCUCGCAACACCUCAACACGUCCUCGCAACACCCCAGCACGUCCUCGCAACACCUCAACACGUCCUCAGUUUGUACUUGUUGUGUAUCAUUGUGUAUUUGUGUGUGGUUGUGUAGCUGCGGUGGUGUUGGACUGCGUCAACAUGGCUCCCUCAGCAGGUAAAGUGACUCUUAAAGACAGUCAGUUCACGGCAGCGUUGGAGUCUCGUUUUCCCGCUCUGCCAACGAGAGGUGCUCUCUUCCAGACGCUGCAGAACGCCAAGUUUGACGUCUCAGGUCUGAACACUGAACAGAUGUUGUUGAAGGACAUGAAAGCUGUUUCAGGAAGUUUGAAUGUCGCCGUCUCUGUUCUCUACAUCACACUAGAGGUCAACACACACACACAGGUGAGCCAUUACCUGGAACAGGCCCGUGACCCCGCACUCAACCUCUGUCCAAUCAGCAGCCCUCGUCCUAACAUCACAGCCUAUCAGCAAGGAAACUCUCUGGCGUCCCGUAAGAAGCUCCUCCCCCUUGUUAAGGACUUCAUGAAGGAGCGGGACGGAGACGGUUGCCUGGGAGACAUGGAGGAGGAGGAGGAGGAGUCCCGGUUCCCCCCCACCCCGAUGAACAGUCUGGUGGAGGGCUGUCCCCUGGACGGAGGUCUGCCGCACAUCAGCGCUCUGGACCUGGAGGAGAAGUUCAGCAAGAUGGCCGACAGAAGAGGAAACUGACCUCUGACCUCUCAUCUGUCAAUCAGGACGUCUGUCUGUCAGACGAUGAAGGUACCACAGACACAGAAGACACCAAAAAACAAUCAAAUCACCUGGUUUUAUUCUGAAAAAUCACCUGGACUAACUUCCCGAGAGGAGCAGCUUUCAGUCCUUCAAAAUAAAAUGUCACAUCCUUUGUUGUGUUUACACAGAAUGUGUUUUCAGUGUAAAAGUGACCUCUGUUACGUCCACACGGGGGCGCCAACGCCAUUCACAGCUGCAGCUAAUUCAUUUUAUUAAUAUCAUUAUUUUAAUGUAUCAAUUAUCUGUUGAAUUCAUUUCUUUCAUUUACUCAGAAAACUGAAGAAAUAACCACAAAACUUAAUUUAGAUGGAAUACUUCUGUCAUUAAAAUAAUAUCAGAUUCA